AGAGAGAGAGAGAGAGAGAGAGAGAGAGAGAGAGAGAUGGCUGGGGUAGGUGGAGGGAGUAAGGUUAGGGAAAAGAGGAGUGGAGUAGAGGAGGGGGAGGAGAGGAGAGCGUCUGGCGGCUUAUAGCAACUCGGCUCCCUCCAGUCCUCCCUCCCUCUCUCUCUUGUCUCCCUGUCUCCCUCCCUCCUUCCCUGGCGGCCAAUAGCAGUAGCCCGAAGAGAGUGGUUGGAGGUGGAUGUGCGCCGCUCCGUGUCAGCUCCCGCCCCGCCAUCUCGUGUGGAUAUCCUUGGAGCUCGCCACCCGCACCGCCCCUCACGGAUACCCACACACCCGCAUGUGACGGCCUGGGCUCACUCAUUAUCGGGCAGACACUCACCCGCUCUCACUCACUCACUCACCUCAAGGAAAUUAUUGUGUUGGCGUGCGUGUGCGAGGGAGUGUGUUGAUGGUGCGUGUGUGUUUGUGAGCGUUCGCGUGUGCUCUGACUUGCACUACACCUACUACUACUAUUACUACUAUACUACUACUGCUUCUGUUGCUAUUAUACUACUACUGUGAAGACGGAGUAGUAACAGCGUGUGUUUGACCGAGGGGGAAAAAAAAAACGAAUUAAUAGAUAAAUAAGGAAAAGAAAAAUACACGUACAGAAAAUUGAAGAUUCCGAAAGAAACGUGAAAUCAGAGAUAAAAGUAUAUACAAAGACUUAUUCGUACACAGGAAACAUACCCACACACACACACUCACGCACACACGAGUUUGUUCCUGCUUCUGCUAGGCUGCUGCUGCUGCUAGUCCUUGUGUGGUGUGGAGUGGUGGUGAAACCUUGAAAAACCCACACACACACACACACACACACACACACACACACACACACACACACGAGACAGCGAAGUGGAUGAGCUAGUGGAUAAGAAAUAAUGCAAGCGAGGAACAAGUUACCUUAGUAAAUCCACUACCACAACCACCACCACGCCUACCACCACAGCCACCACCACAACCACCACCACCACUACUACCCGCCACCAUCACAGCUACCACCACCGCCAUCACCGCAGCAGCCCGAGGGGAGCAGUAACCGUGCCCUCGGCAGGGUGUGCGUGUGCGUGCGUGCAUGAGUGGGUCUGCGGUAGUGGUGGACGAGGUGUGUGGAGGAGGUGGAGGUGGAGGAGGCGGCGGCACCUUACUCCCGUGCACUAUAGUGGAGUCCAACUUGAGACGCUUGCUCGGGCGGAACCUCGCAGGGUCAGGCGCCGCCGCCGCCCCGCCGCCGCCCGCCCGUGACCUGCCUUCAGUCAAGACGGCAGACGCACGCAAGGUGUGCCGCGUGUGGGCUGGGCCGGGCGCCGCCGUGUGCUGGGUGGGAGCCGCCGCCACAGUGGAGGCUCGCGGGGCCGCGUCCGGGGCCCUGCCGCCUCAAGCCCCAGCCAACCCCGCCCCCGCCCCGGCCCCCGCCCCAGCUCCACCCCAGGCCCCUCCCCCGCCGCCUCCUCCCCCUCAACAGCCACCACCCCCACAGCCGGGCCACGCGGCGGGCGCCCUCCCUGCCGCCGCCCCCUAA